CUAGCAACAGUAGCACUUCGCUGAAUCUACCAUUGAAAAGAUCCGACUAGAAACUCGGUAGGUUUUGUCUAUAGGUUACUAUUCAACGAGUUCGAUGUAUGAAAUGGAACGAAAAUAAAAAAAAAUAUUUCUUAAUAUUUUGUUGAAAAGUUAUUAAUUUCUUUUCAUUUGGUUGUUCACCCAACUGACAUGAUUUAAAUUUUUUAUAACACAUCAUUCAAUCUUUGUAGGCGUAUUCCCUUUGUCAGUCGUAUUGGCGUUAAACAAAAUGUCUUUCGUUUGACAUUUUGUUUUAGUUGCCUGAAGUAAAAAAAUCUUUGUUACCUUGAAAUAUAAAUUUUAUCACAAUGGCGUAAAAUUAAAUUUAGCUAAACAACUUUUGAAAAAUUGAACUGUCACCGUGUCAAUUCAUUUUCACCAUAGAUUGCACACUAAUUUGUUAAUUCUCUCAUCAUUUUCGUCAAAGAGUGUUGAAAAUCUACUCUCAUUCUGUUAAUUGAUUUGUUCCAAAAGCUUAUUUGAAAAUGGAUGAUUUUGGAGACAGUUUCGUUGAACCUGAGGUCGAUCCAGCAGCAGAUUUCCUUGCCCGUGAGCAGAAUCAGCUAGCAGGUCUCGAAGACGAGCUAGAAACCAGUGCUCCGCCCCCUGCCAUUUCGACGUCUACAAACGGGUUUGACGAUUUUGUCGAAGUACCCAGUGCAUCAGCAUUUGAUGCUAACGGUCUGUUGGAUGAUGCUCCAUUGGGAUCCACUCCAACAACAGUAUUCAAACAAGAACGUGAGGAACCUGAGAAGAUCAAAAUAUGGCGAGAAGAACAAAAGAAAAGAUUAGAAGAGAAAGAUGCUGAGGAAGAACAAAAGAAGCAAGAAAUGCUUCAGAUAGCCAAGAAAGAACUGGAGGACUGGUACAAAUCACAUGAAGAACAGAUUUCCAAAACUAAAGCUGCCAACAGGAAUGCAGAGCGAGCACAAGCUCGAGGAUCUGAAAGUAGUGUGGAGGAAGGAAAUGAAUGGGCCCGGGUUUCUGAGCUUUGUGACUUUGGACCCCGUCGAGGAAGGGAUGUGGCACGCUUACGGUCAAUUGUGCUUCAGCUCAAGCAAGCUGGAUCUCGCCCAAACUACCCAUCACGUGCUACUAAAGUGGCUUGAAAUAACAUCACAGUUUGUAUAAUAUCUUAUUAUAUUAUCAGUCCGCUUUCGAAGAUCACAUUAAUUAUUUUUAUAAAUAUAAGACAGGCCAAUAUUAAUAAUGUUCAAGCAAAACACAAUAGUGGUUUAGAGCCUUGUUAUUUAUUGAAAUUAUUUUGUAUUUACUAUGUAAUGGCUAACUAGUUGAAGGAUUAGUUAUUAGCUUUAUGCUAACUCAGUUUAAAAAUAAAUCAUUCCAAAACUAA